ACACACACGGGGUAUUAGACUUAUAGGGAAAGUGUCCUCAAACCUGCACGAAGAAAUCGAACAUGAGUUUUAUAAGAAGUUAAAGUUUGUUGAGUGAAUGUCAGUGAGUGUUUGCAGCUGCACUCACUAAUGUGACGGCAAAGUCCAGAGUGGGUCUGUACGUGGCAGCAGAGAGACAGGCAGGCAGGAAGGCAGACAGCUGAUGUGUCCGUCACACUCUUGUGUGAGACGGGCUCAGCGGCGGAGUUGCCUUGUAACGGGGCGAGUUGGUUCUGCGGCUCGGCUGUCUGCUCGGGCCAUGCGCGGAGAGGAUGGGGAAAGAGCCAAGAGUUUCUCCGCUCAAGAACUUCGUGGCUGGGGGAGUCGGGGGAGCGUGUCUGCUGCUGGCCGGACACCCGCUGGACACCAUCAAGGUUAGGCUACAGACGCAGCCCAAAGCCUCCUGCUCUCAGAAUGUUUUCUACACAGGAACAUAUGACUGCUUCCGCAAGACCAUAUCCAAAGAGGGUAUCCUCGGCCUCUAUAAAGGUAUGGGGGCUCCCCUGGCGGGCGUGGCUCCGAUGAUGGCCAUCAGUUUCUUUGGCUUCGGUCUGGGGAAACAGCUCCAGCAGACGGAUCCUGGCAAACCUCUAACGCACACUCAAAUAUUCCUGUCUGGAUGUCUGGCAGGGGUCUUCACUACAGUGAUUGUGGCUCCAGGAGAGAGGAUCAAAUGUUUACUGCAGGUGCAGGCGAGCGGCGGCGGGUCAAGGUAUGCGGGUCCACUUGACUGUGCGGUCAGGCUCUAUAAGGAGCAGGGGAUCCGCAGUGUCUACAAAGGGACAUUGCUCACUCUCAUCAGAGAUGUGCCUUCUAAUGGCCUCUACUUCCUGACAUACGAAUACCUCAAACGCUUCCUGACACCUGAGGGCCAAAGUGUUUCUCAGCUCAGCACUGCCAACAUCCUCCUGGCUGGUGGUGUUGCAGGGAUAUUGAACUGGACGAUCGCUCUUCCUCCAGAUGUCCUCAAAUCCAACUUCCAGACAGCUGCAGACGGGAAGUACAGAGGUCUAGUCGACGUCCUGAGAACGCUGCUUCGCGAAGAAGGACCCAAAGCCCUCUAUAAGGGAUUUAACGCCGUCUUCCUGCGAGCCUUCCCUGCAAACGCGGCCUGUUUUUUGGGGUUCGAGUUUGCACUAAAAGGCUUAAACGUGCUCGCACCAAGUUGGUGAAAUAAACCAGCUCGAGUCAGGACCAGCCUCUCCUGAGUUAUAUCUCUUUCCUUGUACAUUUCUGGAUGGUGAAAUGUGAAGAAAUGUUGUACUCUUAAAUGUAUUUUUACAUUUAAUUUUACAAAUGCAAUAUUUUAAUUGCCGUUCUCUGCAGCCACGACUUUAUGCUCACUUUCUGUGAGCAGUGGUUUCAUGUAUACGCACAUUUAUGAAUGUAUAAUUUGGAGUGUUUUUGUUUUAAGUUUUCUGAGAGGGCUCUGAGGACUUUUCUAACUUUUGAAAUGUUUCAAACUAUUUAUGAUGUUUGUAAAAGAUCUUUUACAUCUUAACAAAUCUGUUUCUGUUUCGACUGUGCUCAGGCACAGAGAAGUUUUAUAAACUUUGUGAAUAAAAUGUUUGAAUAAA